UUUUUGAACAUCUACAAUGGAGGGAGCUGAAGAACUCCCUGGAUUCCAGCCAAAAUUCUCAUACGAAGCUAAAUUAACCGAACUAUUGAGGAACAUAACUUCCACUGAAGUCGAGUUAUGCUCAGACUCCUCUAAAGAGUUCGUCAAGCUAUUAAAAGGUGAUUCAGGAGGCGAAUUUCUACGAGAAUAUGUAAAGAUUUCAUCAAAUUGCUCAGAACUUCUUCAAGCAUGGAAGGUUCGACAAGGAAAAACUGGAUUACAUCACGUAUUCACUUUGAUUACUGCUAUUUUCAGUCAUGUUGAAGGAAAAAACGAUGUUUCCAUUAGUAAGGCGUUUUAUAGACUUGCUCAUUGUAUUAUUCAAGAAAAGUUGGAUGAUAUUUAUAAAGAAAUUAAUAGUAAAGAAGCUAAACAUCAGAAUGCUGCAUUAUUGUUGUUGGCUUCAAUUGCUAGACGUGGGUCGGGUUUGGCUUCUGAUUUGGCUAAAAUCUUUGAUUUUAAACUCCCUAUUUUACCAAAGCUUGCGGAGUUUAGUAAACGUAAAGGAAGUAUGGAGAAAAAGAUUGGAAAGAAUAAGCAUUCUUCAACAAGGAAGUCGUUUGUUCGGUUUGCAAUGUCUUUUCUUGAAGUGGGGAAACCGGGCUUGUUGAGGUGGGUGUUACAACAAAGGGAAAUUUAUUCUGGCGUUCUUCGUGGGCUUGGGAGUGAUGAUGAUCAAACUGUUGUUUAUAUUAUGUCCACAUUGCGAGAUAAGGUUCUUGUUCCAGAGUCGUUAAUGCCUCCGGGUCUUCGCAGUGUUUUAUUUGGUAGUGUUACUUUAGAGCAGUUAGUUGACAUUUCUGGUCGCGGGCAGGAUGGUGAGCUUGCUGCUGAAGUAGCGUAUUCUGUCCUCUUGUUGGUUUGUACUGACCCCUCAAAUGGUUUGAUGCCGGAUUCGAAGAGAUACCCAAAUCCAUUAAGGGGGAACCCGAAACGAUUGCUUGAUCUUAUGAAGAAGCUAAAAGCAACAGAAAAUGAAUAUCAUAGGGAUCUGCUUCUGGCAAUUGUUAAGGGUAGGCCCUUGUUUGGUUCAGCAUACAUGGAUAGCUUUCCCUACCAUCUUGAAGAUCAUUCAUCAUCAAUUUGGUUUCCUGCUGCUUCUCUGGCUGCAAAUGUGAUUUCCUCGGUGGGAAUGAGCAUCAUUUUCGAUGGAUUUGAAUCUAAUUUGGGGUCGGAUGGUCAGACAUCUUCUAUGAAUAAUUAUUUCAGAAAUCUCAUAAGGUGCAUUAGUCCUCGUUCACUCUCUAGAUUGGUUUUGAAUAAAGGGUUGCUUCAUUCUGAUUUCUAUGUGAAGCAUGGGAGCUUGAGGCUUGUUUUGGAGCAAGUUAGUUUAUUGGAUUCAUUCCUUACUGUCGUAGAACAAAAUACUAAUUUCAACUGUCAAGCGAUGCAAGAAUGGGUGUCCCUAAAACAAGUGUGUCAGAAUGAGAUUAGGAUUUUGCUCCCCGAUCCUCAAGUUCUACUUUCAUUACUAUCUUCUCUGAGUGGUCACUAUCAAAUUCCUAAUUCAUCUUUGAAAAGACCAGACAAUCCCGAAAGUAAACACAGUUAUAAUGGUAAUGCUCGAAAGAAACAGAAAAUUGAUAUAUCUGAUGAUGAAAUGGAUAUUCAAGUUGCUGGGAUUAGUUCUCCUCUCAACAUUGUUUCUCAAUGCCACAACGAAAAUAUUGAAGGUUCUGACCAUGAGCUGGACAAAAAAGAUGAUCAGGUGAAGCCUAUUGAGGAGGUUUGGGGUUUACAGCACUGUUCGGAGCAUGACAUGAAACAAAGUGACGAAGAUUCAUAUUUGUACUCCAAGUUGUUGGAUGUUCUCAAACUCUAUCUUCGUAGAAUUCCUACAGCAUUGGACAAAUCAUUUGAUUUCUUUAAACUGCUGCCUCCUAGUCCUUCUGCAAUACCAACAAUUGUUCAGCGGUCCCUUCUAUCGUUGUUUGUAGAACUUAUUGGGUAUUCUCCCAAAAACAAUAUUGCUGUUAAUAUUCCACCGUUGAUGUACAAACAUUUGAAUGCCUUCAUUGAUUUGAUUCUUUAUUCAUCUACUGGGGACAUAAAGGAGCAAGCAAUUAUACUGGCAGGGGCUGCCAUGUUGAGCACUGGUGCAUUUGAUAGAUGCAGAAGGGAAAUUAAUGCCUGGCUCUUGUUUCUACCUGGUUAUUCUUGGCAUAAUAAGUUUCCUAUUGACGGACGCACAAUUAAAAAUUUCCAGGCACUUUCUCCAGCUGUAGUAUCUUUUUUAUGUGAUGCUGUUUCCUCAGUUGGAAACAACUUAUUCAAAUAUUCUGAUCUCCUGAGGUCCAAUGCUCGUAGUUAUGAAGGUGCAGGAGACGUAUUGCCUGACUUUAGCUCUCUGGUCAUUUGUGUUCUGGAGAAAUGUAUGAGGGUGCUUGCAUCUAAAUCUGGGGCCUUCUCUGUCUCCGAUAAAUUAUUGAUAUCAAUCUAUGUUUGCUGCACAUUAAAAUAUCUCUUGCAGACCCAGGUCGAAGCUGGUCUUCUGUCUUCAUUGAUUGAAAUAACAUUGUCUGAGAGGCUGGAGGAUGAUUCCUUAAAAACUGAUAAGGCUGUAGAUAUGUCUGUAUGGAAACCAUUGAAGAAUUUAUUGCUCUUUUCAAGAUCUAUUACCAAUCACAAGACCUUCCAUUUUUGGACGAUUGAUAAAGGAGUGGUUUAUUCUGAUACUUCCUUUCUCGAUGCUUUGAAAGAGGUCAAGCGCUUUUUGAGAACUGGGCUUGAUGGUGAUAUAAUUGGUACAACAAAAGCAUUUGUGUUUGCGAUGAUUUCUGCUGAACCAGAUGUAGUUAUUCGGAAUCUGAAGUCAAUCUUACGUGUUUCAGAGAGUCUGUUGGGGGUUCCAUUUUCUCUGUUAUUUUCCGUGCUUUUUCUUGAUGAAAAUAUUUUGAUUGAACGUUCCAUAAUUUGGUCUAAAACAUUAUUUUCUGUCCUGGAAAAGUCUACUUGUUCAAUUAUUGAUGGUGGAAUGAAUUGUGAAACACAAGGCGGUGUUGAAAGUCAUGCAAAUAAUUCUGAUUCAGUACCAUCCCAUCCAUUCCUUAGACAGGUACCUUUCUAUGUAUUAUUUCCUGCUGUUGUAAGUGAUGGAGGCAUAUAUCUAUUGGAGCACAAAAAUUUAAGAGACUUCCUUUGGUCAAAGCUCUCUGAAUGGGCUAGCAUUGAUGUUAUCUCCUGUAUGCGGUUCGUUCUUUUCUGGUUGCAUAAAGUACAAACAUCAUACAGAGUUAAACGACUGAAUCAGCUUGAACAGCUUUCUGAAAUAUGUUUCACUUACCUACAAGGCAUAUUAAAAAAGGUAGCAAGUGAAAGUUCUGAAUCUGAUUCUUCUAAUCAUCUGCUACCUCAAAGUAUUAUUGAAGUUGCUCAAGUUAUCUUUUGUCAUCCUGUUACAAAGUUGGCUUUAGAGCACCCUCUGGGCAGUGUCAAGGAAAUUCGUAGUCAAUCUUUGGAGAGCAGUUGGGAUGACAUAGUUGGCUUAGGAGAGCAGUAUAUUCACAAGAUGGACCAUGAUACUCUGCUUUUGCUGUUUGCAUCUUGUGAAAGUGUGUUUCUAUAUUUAAACAGUAAACAAUUUAAAGUUAUUUGUGACUCUGCAAGUAAGCAGACUAUUACAGCUUUUAAAAACUUGAUCGGGAACUUGGAUCUGAUUUUAAGGGAGAAGUUUGAUCAAUUGGUAGCAAGUGGAGAUUUGAAGCCCAUUAUUUGGAUGCUGCAAUGUUUCUUCUCCUUGACUCGCUUUAUGUCUCCUUUUGAGUUACUCAAUCUAGCUAACUGGGUCUUAUCUAGGAUUGACCUUAAUGACACGUUAAUCAGUAAAUGUACUGAACACUCUUCCUUAUUUAUUGGGUUAUCCAUAGCUGGCCGCUCAUUUGAUAUGCUCUCUGAUUACUUGGAGAGGCCAUACACAGAAGGAGUACCAUAUAAUUUAUGCUGGGACAUAAACGAGAAGGGAUUUGAUGUGAUCCUCUUUGAGAGUAUUUUUUUUCAAGUAAUUCAAAUCUCCUUGACUUUUGAGCUAGAUGCCGCAUAUCUUUGUCUACUGAAAGCUUUCAGUGCUAUUAGCUUGAAUAAGACUGUUCAGAACAGAUUGCUUCCUCAAAGUAUGGCCAUACAAAAUGUGUUAUCAUGUACUUCAUCAAGCAUUGUCUCUUCUUGCAUCCAUUCUGUCACUUUGAUUAAAUCCAGAGUGUUGUCUUGUCUGGUAGAAAUGAGCCCCUUCCAUUUGUCACUUUUCGGCCACUUGCUUUAUAACAACAUUACUGAUUAUUCUCUUCAGGGUCAGGUGGUUGGAAGAACUAGUAAUCCUUCUCUUUCUGAUGAUCAGUUUGUCAUGUUGUUGCCUGCAACUCUGUCAUACGUAAUGUCUGUUCCAAGUAAUUUCCCAAAGCAGCUUUGCAAAUGUUUAAAACACAUAACGUCUUUCUAUUGUAAGAUCCUUCUGCAUGGUUUUUCCAACUGGAAGAACUAUGUUUCCACAGACCUAUUUAAAAUCAAUUUUGUUAAAGUCCUGGAAGCAUCUGCAAUGGAGGUUAACCAUAUAGUUUCUGACAGUCUUUUGGGGAAGGCAAUUGUUAUGCUUCGGUAUGCCUUUUCGUUGAAUAAAGAUUCUCUAAAACUGAAAAAGAGGAUAAAACUAUUUGAUUCUGUUUGUCUGGAGUCUGAUGGCCAUGAUGCUAUUCUAGAAACUGACGCAAAGGAGCUUCAGCAUAUUUCCCUUGACAAGUCUUUGAACCUUGUAAAUAGAGUUGUUGCAAAGAUACAUCUAUGCAAGUUGCUUUUGUUUCCAGAAUGUGACCCUAUUGAGUCUCCAAUCAAGGAAGAUAAUGUUACAAAAAAUCUUAAGCCACAACUCUUGUCCUGUUUGGAGGAUACCUCGAGAAGCCGGUUUAUGGAUCUUCUAAUCAAUUCUUGGCAGUUUAUUGUCAAGAUGUGUCCUACCGAUUCAGUUGGAUCUGAAGAAAUGAAUGCAAGGAAGUUCUGGAUAAAAUUUUUGGAGGCAUUCUUGAGACAAAAUAUUUUGGAGUUAAUGCAGAAUCAUGACAUCAAAGUUUCCAAUCUUUCCUUGACUCAAAUAGCAAAGUUUUCUCUUCUUCAUAGGUUUGGGGACCCUGAAACUUUAAAGAUGCUCAGAGACAUUGUUAGUUUGCAGUCUGACAGAGAUUUGAGCAUUACGGUGCUCCAGCUGCUGCUGGCACACUCAGAGUUCACAAAUAGAAUCCUCUCUUGCUCCACUGUAUCUGGAAGGACUCAUUUUGGCAUGAUAUUUAAGCCAAACUCUAGCAUUUUAAAGUCACUUGCUCGCUAUGGAAAUCAAAAUACGGUUGAUGAGACAAUUAGCCAAGGAAAUACAGAACAAAUGAAGCUCUUGGAAGUAAUCAAAUUACUUAGAGUACUCUUUUAUUUCAAGCAACAUGAGUCUUCUUCUGAUUCUGGAUCAGAUACAAUCAUAAAUCUCAAAGAAAUGCUUAUUUUGCUUUUAUCUGCGUAUGGGGCAACAGACAGUGAGAUUGACAUGCAGAUAUACUGUUUAAUACAUGAAAUUGAGUCUUCUGAUGAGUCAAUUUCUGUAAAGCUUGCUGAGGUGGAUUACCUAUGGGGAGAAGCAGCAACUAAAGUCAGAAGAGGACAAGAUUUGGAAAAACAAGUAUUGGAUGGUAGUGAGAGUGUAGUUGAAUCAGUUGGAGAGCAGCGGAGAAGACAAUUUCGAGAAAACCAUGCCCUUGACCCCAAAUUAUGUGCCAAUACUGUGUUGCAUUUUCCCUACAGUAGAACUGUUGAAGCAGGAAUUCUAUCCUUGAAUAAACUUCAGCAGAUAAAUUCUGAUGAUACAGAAAAGGGAUAUCAUGUUAAAGAUAAACAAGUAAAAACAUACGAUCCUGUUUUUAUUUUUCGGUUUUCAAUUCAUAGUCUGGCAAUGGAGUUCAUUGAAGCUGUUGAGUUUGCUAGCAUGGGUUUACUUGCAAUUGCAUUUGUUGGUAUAUCUUCGCCUGAUUCUGGGAUAAGAAAAUUAGCUUAUGAGGUGCUUGGAAGAUUCAAGACUGCACUGGAGUCACAGAAAGGUCGAAAGGGAAAAGGUUUGACUUGCCUGCGGCUUUUGCUCACACAUAUACAAAACGGAAUAGAAGAGCCGUGGGAGAGAAUAUCCUCUGUCACAGCAAUGUUUGCUGCGGAGGCUUCUUUUGUGCUUUUAGAUCCUUCACAUGAUCACUAUUCUGCCAUAUGCAAGAUGUUGAUGCAGUCUUCUAAACUGACAAUGAAGGGUAUACCUUUGUUCGAAGAAUUGUUUUGGAGUAGCUCUGUCAAAUAUAAAGAAGAAAGGCUCUUUAUACUUCGUCUACUUUAUGCUGGGAUGAGUUCAAAUGAUGAUGCUCAUAUAUAUAUCAGAAACAACAUUCUUGAGACCAUGUUGGGAUUUUACACAUUUUCAGACAAUGAGUCAAAGGAAUUGAUCCUUCAGGUGAUAAAGAAAUCUAUUGGGUUGCCAAAAAUAGCCCGGCAUUUGGUGGAGCAUUGUGGUCUUGUUUCAUGGUUAUCGUCUGCUUUCUCACCAAUUUGUGAAAAUCACUCUCGGAAUCUGAAAAAUGAUUCAUGGAAGUUGUUGACAAUUAUGCUGGAGAUUACCAACAACAUUCUUUCAUCGAGCAACAUCUGUGGAUGGUUGCAAAAGGCUGCACUUGAACAGCUUUCAGAACUUUCAACUCAUUUAUACAGAUUCUUAGUGCAUGGAGGCUUGAAAAAAGAGAAGGCCAAUGUUAUUGCUUUAAUUCUGCAAGUGCUAUUGUCAACCACAGAGAUAUCACAGAAAAGAGAAAUUUACCAACCACAUUUUACCCUGUCAUCCGAGGGGUUGUUCCAAAUAUAUGAAGCUAUUGUUGCAUGUGAAAGUGGAGAGCAUGGUCGUAUGGAAGAGUUAGGUCUUAAAGUUGUACUUAUGUGCUCUCCUCCUACAUCCAUAUUGAACACGGACCCGGAGAAGUGUUCAAAGUUUGUCAUGUGGGCAGUUUCAGUUGCUUUGCAGUCAAACUCAAGGAAAACACAAUGUGUCCACAUUCAGCCUAAUCUGUUGAAAGAGGAGGAAGUGUUGUCUGAAGAUUCUUUAGCUUCUAAACUUCUGCGCUGGUUAACAGCCUCUGUUAUCCAUGGGAUGCUUUCUUUGAAAUUUAGUGGUUCUGUCUCUAAUCAUCAUGAUAAUAAAUCAGACUUGAGACCUCUUAAUUCGUUGAUGCAACUAAUGGAGAGAAGAUUAAGAGAAAAUUUGUCAGACUUUGGUUGUGAAGAUGUUUUUGCAGCAUCAAUUUUACAUCUUCAACUCCUCUGCGCAGACCCUGAGGUUCUCCCCUCAGUCGUCUGGGCACUUUCUCUCCUACGUAUCCGUGAGCUCUCAAUUAUUGCAGAAUCUGCUAACUUGAUUGAUGCUGAGAGUUCUUUGUCAUCAGUUUGCUCAAGAAUCAGCUGUCCUGUUGAAGCAAAUCCUAACUGGAGAUGGUUAUUUGAUCAAGCAUGGAAGGAUCCAUCAACCAUUAUUACCGACACCGAGAGGAUGGACGAGUUUCAUGCUUGCCAAACUAUGUUAAUCCUGAUAUCAAACUCCAUUAGAAGAUCUUCAGGCGACGAUAAUAGUAGUUUAUCACAUCAAGACAUGACUCUGUAUUCAAAUGUAUUUAAAUGGGAAAGAAGUUUUCUAGAAAACGAAUGAGAAUAUGUUGUCAUCUCAAUGAGUUUUGGCCUCUUGUUUGUUGUAGAUGUUAUUGAUUGACACUCCACAAUUUUGCAGAAAUAUGAUUAUGUAAUAGAAGUAGAUUUUAAUGAUUAGAAAAGUUGAUAUAA